GUGCUCCCGCGGGCCGAGCAGCGAGCGGCGCCCGGGCGGCCCUGACCCCGCGUCUCCGCGGAGGGCGAGCGCGGCCGCGGACAAAGGAGCAUGGCGUUGCGGAGCCGGAGCGGUCCUCGGGCGGCCGGGAGGCUCGGGCCACCGCCGGGCACGCCCGGCCCCGCCGCCUCCGUCUAGGCCGGUGGCGCCGCUCGGCUCGCAGGCCCGGCCGGCGGCAUGGAGCCGCUGCCGCCGCCGCUGCUGCUGCUGCUGCUGCCGCCGCUGGCGCUGCUCGCCCUGCUGAGUGCAGGAGAGCGCGGGGCCGCGGCGCUGCCCGCCGGCUGUAAGCACGACGGUCGGGCCCGGGGUACCGGCAGGGCGGCCGGCGCCGAGGGCAGGGUGGUGUGCAGCAGCCUGGAGCUCGCGCAGGUCCUGCCCCCGGACACGCUGCCCAACCGCACGGUCACCCUGAUUCUGAGCAACAACAAGAUAUCUGAGCUGAAGAAUGGUUCGUUUUCUGGCCUAAGUCUCCUUGAAAGAUUGGACCUCCGGAACAACCUUAUUAGCAGGAUAGCCCCGGGUGCCUUUUGGGGACUGUCAUCGCUGAAGAGAUUGGACCUGACAAACAACCGAAUAGGUUGCCUGAACGCAGACAUAUUUCGAGGACUCACCAAUCUAGUUCGGCUAAAUCUUUCAGGGAAUUUGUUUACUUCGCUGUCUCAAGGAACUUUUGAUUAUCUUGGCUCAUUGAGGUCUUUAGAAUUCCAGACUGAGUACCUUCUGUGUGACUGUAACAUACUGUGGGUGCAUCGCUGGGUAAAGGAGAGGAACAUCACAGUGCGGGACACCAGGUGUGUCUACCCUAAGUCACUGCAGGCCCAGCCAGUCACAGGCGUGAAGCAGGAGCUCUUAACAUGCGAUCCUCCCCUUGAACUACCGUCCUUCUACAUGACCCCGUCUCAUCGCCAGGUUGUGUUCGAAGGGGACAGUCUUCCUUUCCAGUGCAUGGCUUCGUACAUAGACCAGGAUAUGCAAGUGCUGUGGUAUCAGGAUGGGCGCAUCGUUGAGACCGAUGAGUCUCAAGGGAUCUUUGUGGAGAAAAACAUGAUUCACAACUGCUCCUUGAUUGCGAGCGCCCUAACCAUUUCCAAUAUUCAGGCUGGAUCUACUGGAAAUUGGGGCUGUCAUGUUCAGACCAAGCGUGGGAAUAAUACAAGAACUGUUGAUAUUGUGGUGUUAGAAAGUUCGGCCCAGUACUGUCCACCAGAGAGGGUUGUGAACAACAAAGGUGAUUUCAGAUGGCCCAGGACCCUGGCCGGCAUCACCGCUUAUCUCCAGUGUACCCGGAACACUCACAGCAGUGGGAUCUACCCCGGAAGCACACAGGAUGACAGGAAGGCUUGGCGCAGGUGUGACAGAGGUGGCUUUUGGGCAGACGAUGACUAUUCUCGAUGCCAGUACGCAAAUGAUGUCACUAGAGUUCUGUACAUGUUUAAUCAGAUGCCCCUCAAUCUUACCAACGCUGUAGCUACAGCUCGUCAGCUGCUGGCUUACACUGUGGAGGCAGCCAACUUUUCUGACAAAAUGGAUGUAAUAUUCGUGGCUGAAAUGAUAGAAAAGUUUGGAAGAUUUACCAAAGAAGAAAAAUCAAAAGAGCUCGGUGACGUGAUGGUCGAUGUGGCCAGCAACAUCAUGUUGGCGGAUGAGCGGGUCCUGUGGCUGGCGCAGAGGGAAGCAAAAGCCUGUAGCCGGAUAGUGCAGUGCCUGCAGCGCAUCGCCACGCACCGCCUGGCCAGUGGGGCUCACGUGUACUCCACGUAUUCACCAAAUAUUGCUCUGGAAGCUUACGUCAUUAAGGCUGCUGGCUUCACAGGGAUGACCUGCUCCGUGUUCCAGAAAGUGGCUGCCUCUGACCGCACAGGCCUUUCUGAUUAUGGACGACGGGACCCAGAUGGAAACCUGGACAAGCAGCUGAGCUUCAAGUGCAAUGUUUCCAGCACGUUCUCCAGCCUGGCACUGAAGAAUACUAUCAUGGAGGCUUCUAUUCAACUCCCCUCCUCCCUUUUCUCACCAAAGCAGAAGCGAGAAGUCAGAGCAACUGAUGACUCGCUCUAUAAACUUCAACUCAUUGCAUUCCGCAAUGGAAAGCUUUUUCCGGCCACUGGGAAUUCAACAAUGUUGGCUGAUGACGGCAAGCGGCGGACGGUAGUGACCCCUGUGAUACUCACAAAAAUAGAUGGUGUGACCGUGGACACCCACCACAUCCCUGUUAAUGUGACACUGCGACGCAUCGCGCACGGAGCAGAUGCUGUUGCCGCGCAGUGGGACUUCGAUCUGCUGAACGGACAAGGAGGCUGGAAGUCAGAUGGGUGCUGUAUACUCUACUCGGAUGAGAACAUCACCACCAUUCAGUGCGGCUCCCUGGGCAACUACGCUGUGCUAAUGGAUCUGACAGGAUCAGAGCUGUACACUCCAGCGGCCAGUCUCCUGCAUCCUGUGAUUUAUACUACUGCCAUCAUCCUCCUACUGUGUCUCUUAGCUGUCAUCGUCAGUUACGUGUACCACCACAGUUUGAUCCGCAUCAGUCGCAAGAGCUGGCACAUGCUGGUGAACGUGUGCUUCCACGUUUUCUUGACCUGCGUGGUCUUCGUGGGAGGAAUAACCCAGACCAGAAAUGCCAGCGUCUGUCAAGCAGUUGGGAUCGUUCUUCACUAUUCUACCCUUGCCACGGUAUUGUGGGUCGGAGUCACUGCUAGAAACAUCUAUAAACAAGUCACCAAGAAAGCCAAGAGAUGCCAGGACCCUGAUGAGCUGCCUGCUCCACCACGGCCGAUGCUCAGGUUCUACCUGAUUGGCGGCGGGAUCCCCAUCAUAGUGUGCGGCAUCACCGCAGCGGCGAACAUCAAGAACUACGGCGGACGGCCCGGGGCACCCUAUUGCUGGAUGGCCUGGGAACCGUCCUUGGGAGCCUUCUAUGGACCUGCCAGUUUUAUUACUUUCGUAAACUGUAUGUACUUCCUAAGCAUAUUUAUUCAGUUGAAAAGACACCCUGAGCGCAAGUAUGAGCUCAAGGAGCCCACAGAAGAGCAGCAGAGAUUGGCAGCCAACGAGAAUGGUGAAGUAAAUCACCAGGACUCCGUGUCUUUGUCUCUCAUCUCUACAUCCACGUUGGAGAAUGAGCACAGUUUCCAGUCCCAACUUCUGGGGGCCAGCCUCACUUUGCUUUUGUUUGUCGCCUUGUGGAUGUUUGGGGCCAUGGCUGUUUCUCUCUAUUACCCUCUGGACUUGCUCUUUAGCUUCCUUUUCGGAGCCACUUGUCUAAGUUUCAGUGCAUUCAUCGUGGUCCACCAUUGCGUGAACAGGGAGGACGUACGGCUUGCGUGGGUUAUGAUGUGCUGUGCAGGGCGGAGCUCGUACUCCGUGCAAGUCAAUGUCCAGCCCCCCAGCUCGAGCGGGACUAAUGGAGAGGCGCCAAAGUGCACCAAUAGCAGCGCCGAGUCAUCUUCGUGCACAAACAAAAGCGCGUCCAGCUUCAAAAACUCUUCCCAGGGCUGCAAGCUGACAAACCUGCAGGCUGCUGCAGCGCAGCGCCACAGCAAUGCCUUACCCGUGAGUGCCACACCCCAGCUUGAUAACAGUCUGACAGAGCACUCGGUGGAUAACGAUAUUAAAAUGCACGUGGCUCCUUUAGACGUGCAGUUUCGAACAAACGUGCACCCGAACCGCCAUCAUAAAAACCGAAGUAAAGGACACCGGGCCAGCAGACUCACGGUGCUGCGAGAGUAUGCCUACGAUGUCCCGACGAGCGUGGAAGGAAGCAUGCAGAAUGGCUUACCUAAAAGCCGGCCAGGAAACAAUGAAGGACACUCGAGGAGUCGGAGAGCUUAUUUAGCCUAUAGAGAGAGACAGUACAACCCACCCCAACAGGAUAGCAGUGAUGCUUGUAGCACACUUCCCAAGAGUAGCCGGAAUGUUGAAAAGCCCGUGUCAGCUAGUAGUAAGAAAGAUGCACCACGGAAGCCAACUGCGGCCGACCUUGAAAGUCAGCAGAAAUCUUAUGGGCUGAACCUAGCGGUUCAGAAUGGACCAGUUAAAAGCAAUGGGCAGGAAGGACCCUUGCUAGCUACUGAUAGUACUGGUAAUGUUAGGACUGGAUUAUGGAAACACGAAACGACUGUGUAGCAUUGUUCCACACAGACGUUGAUACAAACUGUGAUACUCACAUUCCUUUAAGCUAUGAACCCUCAAACAAACUGUUUACAGAUACCUUAGGGAUUCACAACAGUUCCAAAUAUACUUGUGAGUUUUGGGAUUUACUUAUUUUAUAUUCCUAAAUUGUUACCCCCUCCCCAAGAAUUUAAAAAUCCUUUAAAAAAAAAAAAAAAAAAAAAAACCAAAACAUUGUUUUACUUGUCAAAGCACCAGUAAGAUAUUUUGAAAGUUGAAAAUAUAAUUUCUUACAAUUUGUUAUAUCUACUUAACAUUUCAGGCUUGUAUUUAAUGAAAUAAAUAGGAGUUUGUUUUUGUGCCA